GCGGCGGCAGCGACAGAAAGCGUAGCUGCUUUGCUGUAGUCCACGCCCCCUUGCCGCUCUGGUGACAGUCUCUGCGGAAAGUCGCGUUUGUGAUUUCGGGAGAGCACAGAGCGGGACGACGGCGCUCUUGCUGGGUCAUCUGGGCCAGGUGACGAAGAAACAGUUUCCUGGUGAAGCAGCCCCUCACCCCUAGUCAGCCCACACCCCUAGGGCCUAAAGAUGCUGAGGUCUGUAUGGAAUUUUCUGAAACGCCACAAAAAGAAAUGCAUCUUCCUGGGCACGGUCCUUGGAGGAGUAUAUAUUCUGGGGAAAUAUGGACAGAAGAAAAUCAGAGAAAUACAGGAAAGGGAGGCUGCAGAAUACAUUGCCCAAGCACGACGACAAUAUCAUUUUGAAAGUAACCAGAGGACUUGCAAUAUGACAGUGCUGUCCAUGCUUCCAACACUGAGAGAGGCCUUAAUGCAGCAACUGAAUUCCGAGAGCCUCACAGCUCUGCUAAAAAACAGGCCUUCAAACAAGCUAGAAAUAUGGGAGGAUCUGAAGAUAAUAAGUUUCACAAGAAGUAUUGUGGCUGUAUACAGUACCUGUAUGCUGGUUGUUCUUUUGCGGGUCCAGUUAAACAUAAUUGGUGGAUAUAUUUACCUGGAUAAUGCAGCAGUUGGCAAAAAUGGCACUACAAUUCUUGCUCCCCCAGAUGUCCAACAGCAGUAUUUAUCAAGUAUUCAGCACCUACUUGGAGAUGGCCUGACAGAAUUGAUCACUGUCAUUAAACAAGCUGUGCAGAAGAUUUUAGGAAGUGUUUCUCUUAAACAUUCUUUGUCCCUUUUGGACUUGGAGCAAAAACUAAAAGAAAUCAGAAAUCUCGUUGAGCAGCAUAAGUCUUCUUCUUGGAUUAAUAAAGAUGGAUCCAAACCUUUAUUAUGCCAUUAUAUGAUGCCAGAUGAAGAAACUCCAUUAGCAGUGCAGGCCUGUGGACUUUCUCCUCGAGACAUUACCACUAUUAAACUUCUCAAUGAAACUAGAGACAUGUUGGAAAGGUUGGUCAGAAAAGGCCUCUUUGAGGAGAUGUCAUUUGAGCAGAGACCUGAAUAUACUGUGGAAGUGAACCUUAUAACCCAGAAGAAUACAGUUCAAGGCAGAAGAACAGUUGCAGUGAUCCUAAUGCUUGGCCUGUUCAAGGAAUAGCAAGGAGGUGAGAUUGGAGAGAUAGAUGGAAACUCCAGAGUAUGUUGAACCUUGUAGUCCAUGAUAAGAAAUUUGUUUUUUAUUCUUAAUGUAUGGGAAGCCAUUGGAGAAUUUUAAGCAGGGCAGUGACAUCAUCUGUGUUUAUAAAAGAUCUCAUUGCUCUAUGGUAAGCUGACUAUAAAGAGAUAAGAAUAGAAGGAGGGAAGCAAUUUCAAGAGUUGAAGUAGUCUAAUCAAGAGACAGUUGCAGUUUGAACUGGGUGGUAGCAGUGGUGGCAAUAACAAGUGGCUAAAUAAUAGAUUUAUUUUUAAGGUUGAACCAGUAGUACUUGUGGAAUUAUUUAGUGUGGGUUAUGAAAGAGAAGGCAAGGAUGACUCCUAGGUAUUGGGGCUGAGCAUUUGAGGAAAUAGGAACUGCCAUUUACAUUUUGGCAGUGUUAAGCAUAUCCAAGUGGAUAUGCCUAUUGGCAAUUGAAUAUGCAAGUCUGGAAUUCAAGUUAGUUUACAAAUAUAAUGUUGGGAGUCAUCACUUUGUAUAUGGUAUUUAAAGACGUGGGAAUAGGAACAGAUAGAGACUAGAAGACAACUGAGUCAUAGAGCACUCCAACAUUUAGAGUUUGGGAUCAGGGGAAGAGCCAGCAAAGGAGACUGAGUAGGAGCUGCCAGUGAAAGAAAAGAAACACCAAAAGAAUGAGGUAUUUUGGAAGACAAUUGAAGAAAUGUUUCAAGGAGACUGUGAUUGAUUGGGUCUAAUGCUCCUGAAAGGCCAAAGGAGAUAAAGACAGAGAAAUAACAUUAGAUGGAGUUGUUGAUUGAUCUUGUUGAGAAGUUUCAGAGGAGCAGUGGAGAUAAGCUAAUUCAAAAGAAUUAGAGUUUAGCAGAGACCAAGCACAGACAACUGUUGCAACAUUUUGCUUUGAGAGAUUCUGAGAAAUAGACAGUAUUUAAGGGGAAUGUGGGAGCCAGGAGAUUUUGACUUUAACAUUUUUUUAUAUACACCUUUCUACUAAACUCCAUGAGACGAGUAAUUUUUGUCUGUUUAGCUCACCAAUGUAUCUUCAGCUCUUAGAACAGUGCCUUGCAUGUAGUAGAUGCUCAAUAAGUAUUUACUGAAUUGAUAGAGGGAAAAAUUGAUGUAGAAAAGCAUCAUUAAUUUUAAGAACAAAGUACUUUGAAUAGGAGAAAGGAAUGAGAUUCAAUACACAGUAAAAUAGUUUAGGAGUCAGGUAGGGAUGGCUGAGGAUAGGUCAGAUGCAUGUAAGUGGGUAGAUGGGUGGGACAAGUAUGUGGAAGUUCUCUUUGCUUCUAUUUUUAUGUGUGUGAAAUAGGAAGCAAGCUCACCUAUUUCUCAUUUCUUUCAUUGGCCUAAAUGAAUUCAAUUCAAUAAUAAGAAUAAAAACUAACAUUUUUGAGUGCUUAUGCAGCAAGCACUGUUCUAUACUGCUUUAUCUAUCUUAACUCACUUAAACCUUACAGUAACCCUAGGAGGUAGGUACUAUGAUGAUCUUUUCUUCAGUUUCCAUUUCGUCAACUUUCAUCCCCUUAAUCAUUUUUCUUCUUGGAACCUUACCAUAUUACCUUUAAAAGAAUAAAGUUCAGCCCAAAUUACUGUGCAACCCAGCAAUUCCACUCCUAGGUAUCUACCAAAAAGAAUGAAAACAUCUCUAGACAAAAACUUGUUCAGAUUUUUCAUAACAGCAUUAUUCACAAUAGCCAAAAAGUGGAAACAGUCCAGAUUUCUAUUAACUAACAAAAGGAUAAAAUCUGAUGUAUUCAUAUAAUGGAGCCCUAUGUAGCAAAAAAGGGGAGCAAACCACUGAUACAUGCUACAGCAUAGAAGAACCUUCAAAACAUGCUAAGUGAAAGAAGCCAGACACAAAAGACCACAUAUGUAUGACUGUUUCUAUGAAAUGUCCAGAAAACUAUAUAGACCAAAAGUAGAUUAAUGGUUACCUGGGGCUAAGAGUGAGAUGAGAAUUGGCUGGAAAUGGGCCUAGUGGGUGAUGAAAAUGUUCUAAAAUUGGAUUGUAGCGAUAGUUGCACAACUAUGCAAAUUUACUCAAAAUCAUUGACUUGUGCAUUUAAAAUGGGUGAAUUUUAUGCCCUCUAAGUCCUACUUCAAUAAAGCCGUUAAAAUGCUUUUAAAAUAGAGAUGACUAAGGAGAAAAGGUAGGUAGAUAGAAAGAUACACACAUACACAUGCACACUGUAGUCAAGAAAUUUGAACAUAACUAGAUAUUUUCUAGCUUUCUUGGCAUCUUUAUAUAUUAUUCUUUAUAUUAAAGAGUUUUGUGAGGAACUAAGAGAGUAUAAUUAAGAUCAAAAAACCCUGGUCUCAUAUUUGAGCUCCCCAAUUUACUAAUCCCAUGCCUUUAGUCAAGCUUCUUCAUCCCUCAAGUAUCAUUUCCUCAUCUGUACACAAUAAUAUUUUCUGUCUCACUGAAAUAUGCUAGAGGAUGUAAAGCCAACCAAUCUAUGACUAUAAGGAAAUUUAAGAGUUUCCUCAAAAUUAGUAGUACUAGUACUGAUAUUUUUUUUUAAAUUCAUUGUACAAAGUGCUGACUAGUAUAAAAAAAUCUGAAGUGGACGAAUAUUCUCAUUAUGUUGUGCUAAAUAAGCUCAUUUUUAAAUACUUUUUAAAGAUUGAUUUCUUGAUAUAUUUUACAGUAUUAGAUUAUGACUAGAAAUGUUGGUGGCUUUCAAAGGUAACCACGUUAUUACUGAAUUUGUUUUCUCUUCCAUUCAGAAUCUAAAAAGUAACUUAUACUUCUU